AUGUCCGACGACGAAGCCCAAAGCAGAAACAAGGUUGAUGCACUCCGAAAUACUCGCACAGCGCUCUUCCCGCACAUGUCCGACAUGUAUUUCCACGGGCUCAUGAAACGUGGUCUUGGUCUCCCCAAUCAAUACCGUUGGACCAGCGCCAUACAUUGGUUGUACAAGGUUCUCAAGGACCUCGACAACCUCAAAAAGAAUUCCGAGGUGCAUGUCCUUCGACUGGAAUGCAUUCGUUUUCGAUGUGCCAAAUGCCGCCUUCCCUGCGAAGAUCUCAUGGAAGCGAACCACAUUGCUGGUCACAUUCCUUAUGUUUUCCCUUGUGGGCAUGUCAUCGGGAGCGCAUGCUACAACGAAUUGGUAAAGGAAUACAAAGGCGAAGGAGGCUCACCACUGUGCCCUUAG